UAACCAAUCGAUGACAGCGACUACUUUUGCAGUCGGUAGGAGUGACGACAUUUUGUCAAUAAAUUGUUAAAUAAAUCAGAAAGACUUAGUAACUCUUUUAGUUUUUAGUGUCCAAAAAAGCCACAAAGAUGGCAGAUAAUGAGCAAAAAGCUAUGCAGUUGAUUGCAGAGGCAGAGAAGAAAUUAAGUUCUUCUAAAUCCUUUCUAGGUUCCCUAUUCGGUGGAUCUUCCAAAGUAGAAGAAGCAGUGGAUUGCUACCUCCGAGCAGCAAAUCUGUUCAAGAUGUCAAAGAAGUGGCCUCAAGCGGGACAGGCGUUCUGCAGCGCAGCCCAACUACAUCUGAAGGCUGGUGCCCGUCAUGAUGCAGCAACCAAUUUUGUAGAUGCAUCCAAUUGUUACAAGAAAAGUGAUCCCAAUGAGGCAGUGUCGUGUUUGUUAAAAGCUAUCGAAAUAUACACUGACAUGGGACGGUUCACUGUGGCCGCUAAACAGCAUCAGAACAUAGCCGAGCUGUACGAGACUGAAUGCGUUGAUCUCACUCGAGCGAUGCAGCACUACGAACAGGCGGCGGACUACUUCCGCGGCGAGGAGUCCACGUCCUCGGCGAACAAGUGUAUGCUGAAGCUGGCGCAGUACGCCGCCCAGCUGGAGCACUACGACAAGGCUAUACAGAUAUACGAGCAGAUCGCCAAGUCGUCUCUGGACAACAGCCUCUUGAAGUACAGCGCUAAGGAGUACAUGUUCAGGGCGGCCCUGUGUCACCUGUGCGUGGAUCUGCUGAAUGCCCAGCACGCCCUGGACAAGUACUCCGCCUUGUACCCGGCCUUCGCCGACACCAGGGAGUGCAAACUGGUCAAGGAGCUGAUCGAACACCUAGAGGAGCAAAACAUAGACGCGUUCACCGAGUCCGUGAAAACAUACGACAGCAUAUCACGCCUGGACCAGUGGUACACCACCAUGUUGGUGCGCAUCAAGAAGCAGAUCAACGACAACCCUGACCUCCGCUGAGCAGCCUCGCCCGCCCCCGCCCCCGCCACCCGUCUCCUCGCGUGACGCGCGACCGUGUGUGUCCAUGUACUGCGGAUAUUGAAUAAUUAUUUGUUUGAAUUACAUUUAAAUAAUAAUAAGAACAAAUAUAAUAUAUAUUUGUUUGUUCUUAGUCCCGAUGUAAUUUAAUUCUGUUAUAUAUUUUUCUCGUAACUUUUUUUUUAUUCAGUGUUAAAUAAUUUUUAUUCAAAAAGGUUUUCCAUCACGUUGGUGUGAAGCCGCGGGUUACAAGAACACUUAAAUAUCUUUAUGUCAUUAGAAAUUAAUCGUGAGGUUGAUUAAAAAUGUUUAUUAAAACGUUAGAGGCGGCGUGGUCUACGACUUAAUUAUUGACCUACAACUUUUAGAUUAUUCAUUGCCUAUUCAUUGUAUUUGUCUAGGUUAGGUUAGGUUACGCUACCGACGCCAAUGUAUUGAAUUUAAAACUAGCAGAGUUCUAAUCGAACGAAACAUCGCGACGGUACAUAACGAUACGGAUGUAUUAGUUAUGUUUGUGUAUAUAUUUUUUUUGGUCGGUAGUGUAACGUUUUAGUUCAUAUAAAUAGGUUUUAAGUCGGGAGUUUUUUAACGAUCGUAUUACUCGCACCACAAAUAUUCCAUAUAUAUAGGUACACUGGCAACACGCGCGCAUUUAAUAUGUAACGAAAACGACUCUAAUCUCUUUAAGCAUAAGAUUUGAAAUCGCUUGUAUUAAAACAGUGUUGCAGUUAAACUAAGGCUUGUUCUAGUGAAAUGGUAGGAUUUUUUUAUGAUUACGAAACUUUGUAAAAUUAAAUUUUUAUUAAUUGGUUGCGAAACCAUGAGUACAUUUUCAUUAUUUAGAUAUAGUAAAGAUUGUUCGAUAAAAAGUUUGUGCGUCCUGAACGCGUGUCAUUGUAUUUGACUUCUUGUUCUUGUUAAUCUUAUUUAUACAUUUUCGUUAUAAAAAUAUAUUUUUCGUUGAAUCCUUUUGUUUACUUACUCUUUCUGUGUAAGUCCUGAAUACUGUUUCCCAUAUUUUCGAAUAAUGUUUCUCUAACUCUUCCAUCUCAUUAAUUUUUUUUUUAAUAAAUUGAAGUGUUUUAAUAUUACCAUAGACAAUAUUAACACCUCAGUUAAUGCAAAUGGUUACUUAAUAUUCUAUAUAGCCGGCAGUUAACCAUAGGAAAAAAUGUACUGCACAGAAAUUGUGAAAGAAUAAAGUGUUAAGUAUUGA